GCCUGCGCGGGGCGGUGCCACGUGCGCGGGGCGGCACACGAGUCCGGGCGGUGUCGCGCUGUCCGCCGCGCUGCGCCCUGGCUGCCCGCGGCCGCCGCCCGCCCUGCCCUGCCCUGCCCUGCCCUGCGGAUGCGGAGCCGGCGCAAGCUCUCAAAAGAUGGCAGAAAGCUGGUCUUUCUUGGAUACUUCUGAGCCUAACUUCAGGCCUCUGGUAGUGAUUGAGCUUGCAAAAGGCACCAAAGAGGAAACCGUAGCAUGGUUCACUAAACGAAUUGUGGACAAAAAAGGAAAUGGAGGGGCGCAACUGCUGGUUAAACCAUUGGUCACAGAAAAGGGAGAUGAAAACAUUUAUCUCGUUGGAGCUUCCCACUUAAGGCUGUUGCUGGGAGCUGAGGCUGUGGGUUUGGUGAAGGAAUGUAAUGAUAACUCAAUGAGAACUUUUACAUACAGCAGUAGAAAAACUUUCAAAGAUUUUGCAGAUGACAAUCACAAUUUCCUUACAAUGGCAGAAUGUCAAUAUAUCAUCAAACAUGAACUCGAAAAUUUGAGAGCUAAAGAUGAAAAAAUGAUACCUGGAUAUCCUCAGGCAAAGCUCUAUCCAGGAAAAUCAAUUGUGAGAAGAUUAUUGACCAGUGGCAUUCUAGUUCAGAUUUUCCCACUGCAUGAUAGAGAAGAGUUGAAGAAACUCCGUCACAGCUGGUAUGGCCGAGUUAAAGUUGGCUAUCAACCUUUAGAUGAGAUACGCAGUUACUUUGGUGAAACCAUCGCUCUCUACUUUGGCUUCUUAGAGUACUUCACGUUUGCCUUGAUUCCAAUGGCUGUCAUUGGCAUUCCUUAUUAUGUGUUUGCAUGGGAAGACUAUGACAAAUACGUGAUGUUUGCCACAUUCAAUCUGCUCUGGUCCACUGUGAUUCUGGAAGUUUGGAAGCGUAUUUGCGCCAUCAUGUCAUACCGUUGGGGGACGUUGUUGAUGAAACGGCAGUUUGAAGAACCAAGACCAGGCUUUCGUGGUGUCUUGGGUAUCAAUCCUGUCACUGGGAGAGAAGAACCAGUGUACUCAAGUAUUAGGAGACAGAUACGGAUUUACCUGGUGUCCCUACCAUUUGUGUGCCUUUGCCUCUACUUCUCACUGUAUGUGAUGAUGAUUUACUUUGACUUGGAACAGUGGGCUCUGGAUUAUCAUGAGGAAAACGAGUCUAACUUCAGCAGCUUGAUGCUGUACGUGCCCAGUAUCAUAUAUGCUGUCGUAAUUGAAAUCAUGAACCGUAUCUAUCGGUAUGCUGCUGAAUUCUUAACUUCAUGGGAAAAUCACAGGCUGGAAUCUUCGUAUCAGAAUCAUUUAAUUCUGAAGGUUUUGGUGUUCAACUUCCUAAAUUGUUUUGCAUCUCUCUUCUACAUUGCCUUUGUGCUGUUUGAUAUGAAGCUUUUGAGACAGAGCUUGGCCACUUUGCUGAUAACUUCACAGAUCCUUAAUCAGUUUGCAGAAUCCUUGCUUCCUUACUGGCUCCAAAAGAGACAUAACAAGAGGAUGAAGAAACGCAUGUGUUCCCUGAAAACAGAUACGGACAUGUCGUUAUUAGAACAAGUCAACUUGGAGAAAGAAAUGGGCACUUACUUUGGUACUUUUGAUGAUUAUCUGGAAUUGUUCUUACAGUUUGGCUAUGUGAGUCUUUUCUCCUGUGUUUAUCCACUGGCAGCUGUCUUUGCAGUGUUAAACAACAUCACAGAGAUAUAUUCUGAUGCCUUGAAGAUGUGUAGAGUUUACAAGCGGCCCUUUGCAGAACCCACAGCAAAUAUUGGUGUUUGGCAGUUGGCUUUUGAAACUAUGAGUGUAAUAUCAGUAGUCACUAAUUGCAUGCUGAUUGGAAUGUCUCCACAAGUGAAUGCCCUUUUUCCAGACUCAAAAACGGACCUUGUUCUGACUGUGGCAUUGGUAGAACACUUGCUACUAGCAAUAAAGUUUAUUAUGGCAUUUGUAAUUCCGGAUAAACCAAGAGAUAUCCAGAUAAAACUAGCCAAAUUGGAAUUUGAAUCUCUAGAGGCUCUCAAACAACAGCAAAUGAAGCUUGCGGCUGAGUCACUGAAGGAGUAAACAUGAAGGAAUGAGGAUGAGUAAAGCAGUCACAUGUGAAUGUGGGCACUCCUUCAGCGUUUGUUUAUGAUGAUGUGUAGCGCUCAGAGUGUGCACUUUACCAUCUAUUCAGUAGGUGGCACCUGCUUUUUUGAUACUUGGUAAAUAUUCUUUGCCUGCCACUGUCAAAGAAGAUAUUUUCUCUUGCUCUCUUUGUUCCUGACAUGCAACCGUUGGUGAAGUUAACAUGAAAUAAAGUCCUCCAGCUUAUACUAGGGCUGGUUGAAAUCUGCCAGACUCACCAUGCUUCAAGCAACUGAAAACACAUCCUGUGAGCAAGCAUCCAGAAGCUCAAUAGAGUUUUCAGCUGCCACUUUGUAAGAGAAAAAGAAAGAAGGUAGACCGGUAUUUAAUUCACAGUGUCCCUUCGGGGCUACUGCCCCUUUUAUUCCUUCAUUACAACAGCUAAUCAAUCCUGUGCUGUUUCAAAGACUUGCUUAUGAGCUACCGUUUGCAGAUAGCAAAUUAAUUUAAGUAUUUUAUACAUUUCAUUAUGAAAUAUGUGAUUGUCCGCUAUAUAAUCUGAGAAAUAGUCGAAUGUAAAUAUUAUAAAGUAUGCAUCAUGUACUCCUGUGCACUAGUUAUCUAAAUAUGCUCCAGCUAAAAUCUUUUCAAAAGCUGGGUGAAAAGCAUUCAGCGGGAAACAGAUGCUGAUCAGUAAUCUAUGAAGUGUAUUUUGCUUUAAUUUACAUUAGAUUUUGGUAUAAUUUCUCUGGCUCUUGAACUGCAGUAUUAUAUGAACAAAUCUUCUGGUUAAGUGAACUGACAGAGAUCAAUUAAACUCGAUACUCGAUAUACCAGUAUUUGUGUUUGUAGUGAAUAUCUGAUGCUUUUUCUUGCCUUUCACAGAAAGGUGGUUUUCCUAAUGUUUCAUUGUUUUCUGACAAUAAGACGACCAAAAUCUACAGUAUUUAGAAUGAUUUCGGUUGGAAAAGACCUUUAAGAUCAAGUCCAGCCAUCAGUCUUGUGUCCAACCAUUUGUUCUCGUGACCUUGAGACAGCUUAUUUUCUCCUACUGUGACCUUCAUCUUUGGUAGAUGUAACUCACCUGUAUGUGAUGGUUGCUGGAAUUUCUCUUUGGAAAAACCUGCUGUUGCAAUAAUUGAGGUAUUUGUCUACUUCGCACAUUUUGGGUUUCUGCCACGGGGCCCCCAUAGCAGAGUAACAGAACUACGCCAAAAUAAUGUGUUCUGUCUGGAAUUUAAAAUUAACAUUUCUCAAACUCCACAAGCGUGACCCAGUAAGAAAACGACUUCAUUCCCUUGGGAAGAGGAGAAAACCGUGCUACAGCUGCUGUCUCUGUUCUUGCUUCUCCCACUGUGCAUCUCCCACGCUGCUGCUAUUUCAGGGGUAUCUCAUGAGCUGCUGCUGUUUCAGAGCCUGCUCCUGAAGAUGCAGCAGGGUUGUGGCUGCACAAGCUCUUCCCUGAGCAUCCAGCAGGGAUCUCUGUAGGCAGCACACCUCCCUUCUUAUAGUGCUGAUUAGAUCCCAAGACCAAAGCUUUUUUGAGGAGAGUUUCUCCAUGAAAGUUCCUCAGCUUUGCAGUUUCUUGCCCACUUUGGUCUGAAGUAGCUCGUGUUUGUGGGUUGGGUUCCUGGUGGAAUAUGUUCUUGUGAGCUUGCCAUAGCCGUUUUGAAGGAAUUCUGCUGGUCUGUUAUUUGUGCAGGUUUAUGAGCAUAAAGUUGUUGUGUUUUGCUGAUGGCGUCUGUGUGGGUGUCUAGGAUAAUUUUCUAAGAUGAAUUAGAAAAGGAAUCAAGUUGGGUCUCAACUGGAAUCGUGUGAAAAAAAAAAAAGUAGUCUUCUGCAAAACUGACUUUGUAAUUGUUCUGGUGGUCCUUUUAUUCUCCUGUUUUCCAUAGACUUAACAGGGAAAUCUCUAGUAAAGUUUAAGUACCCAAUGACAUAAGGAACAUUAGCUAUUGCCCUUGCCUUAGGCAAAUCCCUUCACUUCUACUUAGUUUCCUUACCUAUAAAUGCAGAUAAUACUGUUCUUCAGGUGAAUUCUCCAUCUCAGGCUAGUAGGUGUGAAGGAAUUAUGACCUUCCAUACUGUGAAUGAUUGAGAAGCGUGGGAAUCUUUUGCUUUAUAGGGAUUCGAAUCUGUUCUGGACACUGGGAGAACUCUUACUUUAGCAUCACAGACACUAUGUGAUUGUGACAGGGAGUGUUUCUGCCCUGAAGAACAUACACUGUAGCUUGUUGAGAAAUGUUACCGGUGUAUUGUCAAGUAAUAUUUUGUCACUGAACUGAAAUUUAGCUCCUAUUUCUUUGUAGGCUGCUCUUUGUCCUUUUACUGGGGUGUGUAUGUGUGUUUGCUGUGUUUCAUACUGUUUGAUAUUGGGUUUCAGCUUCGUUUUUUACAUUCACGAUGUCAUCUGUAUUCAUUUCUUAUUUGAGAGAAAAGAUGUUUCUGUCUGUGCUUCUGAAAGUCUUCGUAUCAUUUUCUGCUGUAGGUGCAGCUGUAGAAGUUGUGGGAUGCUAGGGAUGAAACUUACUGAGAAGAAUCUGUUGUCAGAUGAAAAUAUUAGACAGAAUGAAUAAGAUAUUUACCAGUAACCGCCAUUCAUGUGCUGUGUCACCGGUGUGUCUGUUCCUAGUCCCCAAGGCACACAAGAGUGGAGACUUCAUUUUCCUGUCAUGCUCAGGCCAGCCCUUGAUG